CGGGGCGGAAGCCGCAGAGCCCGCCCGGCUCCGGCCUCCCGGGACUCCCGGUGUUCCCGGUGCCCGCGGCCGCUCGCGCGGCAGCGCCUUCGCUUUCCCCCCGCCGGACGAGGAGGAGAACCACAUUUCCAGUGGCUGAGCUUCAAAGAAUGUACCCCGAGGAACAGCACCUGGCGUUUGUGAGUCUCUGUUUCUUUUAGGUAUUAUAAUUUCAAGAAAUGCUGUGACCUGUUUGAAGAACAACACUCACAGAAAGUUGUCGUGUGAAAUUUUUUAAACUAGAAUGGCCUUGAAAAAAACACACAAACUAUUCAAGACACUUUUUCACUGGAAACUUUGGAAGUUUAGCAUUAUUGUGUUUGUCUUUUUGGUAUUUUUAUUUUUAUUGCAAAGAGAAGUGGGUGUUCAAGAUUUUAAAGAUGAAGCAGGAAUUGAGCCAGUUGUUGGAAAGAAAAGUCAUGUAUUAGGUCUUGUGUUAAAUGCUAUGAACAAUAUCAAAGGUGCAAAGCCAAAAAUGCAGAUAAAAGCACCGGUUAGGCAAACUAAGAUUCCUGGAGAAAGACACUGUUUGCCAGGGCACUAUACUGCGGUGGAACUAAAACCCUUUCUAGAUCGACCCCUUCAAGAUCCUAAUGCUCCUGGAGCUUCUGGUAAAGCAUUUAAAACCACCAACUUAAAUUCAGAAGAACAGAAAGAAAAACAGCUUGGAGAAGAGAAACACUGUUUUAAUGCAUUUGCAAGUGAUAGGAUUUCUUUACACCGAGACCUUGGACCAGACACUCGACCUCCUGAAUGUAUUGAACAAAAGUUCAAGCGUUGCCCGCCAUUGCCAACCACGAGUAUUGUCAUAGUUUUUCAUAAUGAAGCGUGGUCUACUCUGCUCAGAACUGUCCACAGUGUGAUGUACACAUCUCCUGCCAUUCUGCUAAAGGAGGUUAUUUUGGUGGACGAUGCCAGUGUAGAUGAAUACCUGCACGAUAAACUAGAUGAGUAUGUGAAACAGUUCCAGAUAGUUAAAGUAGUCCGUCAGAAGGAAAGAAAAGGUCUGAUCACGGCACGGUUGUUGGGAGCUUCCGUAGCAACAGGAGAGACCCUUACCUUUCUGGAUGCUCAUUGUGAAUGCUUUUAUGGCUGGUUGGAGCCAUUAUUGGCAAGAAUAGCUGAGAACCCUGUCGCUGUUGUAAGCCCUGACAUUGCUUCUAUAGAUCUCAAUACUUUUGAAUUCAGUAAACCAUCUCCUUAUGGGCAUAGCCAUAACAGAGGAAAUUUUGAUUGGAGUUUGUCAUUUGGAUGGGAGUCUCUUCCUAAACAUGAAAACAAAAGAAGAAAAGAUGAAACCUAUCCCAUUAGAACACCUACUUUUGCUGGAGGUCUCUUUUCAAUAUCAAAAGACUACUUUGAACACAUUGGAAGCUACGAUGAAGAAAUGGAAAUAUGGGGAGGUGAAAAUAUAGAAAUGUCUUUCAGAGUAUGGCAAUGUGGUGGACAGUUGGAGAUCAUUCCUUGCUCUGUUGUUGGCCAUGUCUUUCGCAGCAAGAGUCCCCACACUUUCCCAAAAGGUACUCAAGUGAUCACACGUAAUCAAGUUCGCCUUGCAGAAGUGUGGAUGGAUGAAUAUAAAGAAAUAUUUUACCGAAGAAACACAGAGGCAGCAAAAAUUGUGAAACAAAAAACAUUUGGAGACAUCUCAAAAAGACUUGAUUUGAGGCACCGUCUGCAGUGUAAAAAUUUUACCUGGUAUCUCACUAAUGUUUAUCCAGAAGCAUAUGUGCCAGACCUGAACCCCUUGUUUUCUGGAUAUUUAAAAAAUAUAGGUAACCGCAUGUGUCUGGAUGUUGGUGAAAAUAACCAUGGUGGCAAACCACUGAUUAUGUAUUCUUGUCAUGGACUUGGAGGAAAUCAGGACUCGCAGUGUCAAGGAAGAUGUUGGUUGGAAUCCAGCCAAUGGGAGACCAAGUGUCCAGGCCUGAGCCACCUUCCCUAUCAUGCUUGCAGCCUCAUAGUGUGAGGUCACAGUGGCCUAUCCUGUACUGGCUAAUGCAAGUGAAUAAUAUGAUCCCAUUUGUUCAAGAGGAGCUCUCUUUGGUGCGCAGCUCUUGGAGGCAGCAGUGGUUCUGUUCCUUCUACAAUAUAACUUGCAAUAGAUGUCAGAUACUGAAUCCUUCAGUCACUGCUGCAAUACCAAUAAAAGGAACAUCUUCCCUGCCCAGAAGUGCACACUUCUCUGUUGCUUCUAAGAGUCAAUAGAAUUUAACAACUGUAGAUCCUUAAUAACUGAACAUCAGCAAAGGUUUUAAAAUCUUUGUUAGAGUAUAGUUGUUAUUUUGCGGGGGGUUAAGUUUUUUUCAACCUUAAAAGCCAUCCAUUUAUGGCACUAUGAAAAUUCAGACAAAUAAUCCUAGUUAGUUGAUACUUUCCUAAUCCAUUUUUGUGGGAGAUGGAAUGCUGUCUAGAUUAAGAACUGCCCUGUUAUGUUAGCUUCUUACAGUAUUGAACUUGUUUUUUUAUUCUGUUGUGGAUUAAUACUAUAAGAGCCUUUUCACACUGUCACAGUUAGUAAUUCAGGAACACUGUACCAAGACAUUGUAUUAAAAGAUCUGCUGUAUGCUUCUGUUGUUCUCUCUCUAAGUUAUCUUGGACUGUACUUAAACUCUAUACUUUCAAGUGUUAUGUUUUUUGUUUUUCCUUCUGCCAUAAAAUAACAGUCUGAAGCCCUUUAAAUGUCAGCCUUCAGAGAACCUUAAUAUUGGUUUUGCUGGUAAUGCUCAAGGGAUGCAUAUUUGCUUACAUAACCACUCUCAUUACAAUGCUCUGUUUUCAGUUGUUUUCUAUCGUUUACCAGACUUUUAUCGGUGUAGGCUGAUAUUUUCCAUGCUACCUGUCAUCUUUGUCCAUAUAUUUGAGAUGGCAGAAGGGAGUGGAAGAGAGAAGCUAAUUGUCAGAGUUGUACAUUAGUUGUAUAUUAUUCUUCCUUUUUAGAAUAUUCUGGGACUGGGAACAUGCCCAUCUCAAUAUCCAAAAUUAAUGAAGUUUUAAACCUAGGAACAUGCCCAUCUCAAUAUCCAAAAUUAAUGAAGUUUUAAACCUAGGAACAUGCCCAUCUCAAUAUCCAAAAUUAAUGAAGUUUUAAACCUAGCUUUCAAGUAAUAUUUUCAGUGCAUGAAGAGACUUUGAAGUUCAAAAGAUAAAUCAGGACAGAUUAAGUCAGAUUACCAGAUUAAGAGUAAAUUAUUAUGUCUGAGAGCUGAGUGACUAAGCAGGUCACUCCUAUCAGCACCUAUUUCAAGGAUUAAUGUUGGUCACAGAGUCUUAAGAGGGAGAUGCCUGUUUGUUCCUCAGUGCUGUUCCCAUUGAUUCCCGUGAGGAGGUGAUUGCUGACCAAUUGGACAGAUGGUUGAAAGCCACAAGGGAGUAACUGAGCCUGGUCUUAAUAGUCAAAGGAAAGAUACAGUGAAGGCGGCUGACAUAUGGAGCCAAGAAACUGUGUGGUAGUGGGAUGUAAUGAUAGGAACUCUGCUGUUUAGUGAGGGAGAAAAGGAAGAGACCAGGAUGUUAGGGUAGGGCUUAGAGGGAUAAAAGGACAGCAGUGUCUCUUAACUGUUAGAAGUAAAUCCCUGUUAAGACCAGAAUUAUAGCCUAGAAUUCCUGAGCCUUAACAGUAUUGUGCUGUCAGCGAAUCAUGGUAAAAUUAACUCACAAAAUACAUGCUUAUAUUACUUUUCUAAUGGCUAGCUCACAAGAGAACAUAACAGCAUCCUAUUGUUGACAUUUAUUGUUUGGAUCAAGCAGAAAAAGUUGGCAUACAGCAAUAAGUAUUGUUCCAUGUGACUUUUUGUUUUUCUUUAAGAAAAAACAAAAUCCAGCAACAGAAUUGAAUACAGAUUUUGAAAGUUAAGAAAUACCAAAAUUUAUCUGUGCAACUAUCUCUAGUCUUUGGUUUGCCUCCUUGAAUUAUAUAUAAUCUGUGUGGGAGCACACAAUGAGAUAUUGCAUCAUAAUACAUAUGCAGAUAGUGCCAUUUGCAAUUUAUGCAUGUAAAUAUAAAUAAGCAUUGCAUUAGUAUUAAAAAAUGCUUUCAGUUUUGUAAACACUUUUAAAGUGUGUACGCUAAAAACCAGAAAUUAUUCUGUGGUCUCAAAUUCUUGAAUAAGAAAGGACAUUUAUUACUUUGUAUAUGGGAAUUUCAAAGACUUUAAUACUUUUGUUUGUUUUUAUUUACUGAAUUU